UAUCCCGAUCAAUCAAGAUGCCCUUUUGAAUAUAUUUUUAUCUCUUUCCAGAAAUCUUUAAAUAAAAUUUUACAGACAUUCAGCUUCUUUUUAAGCACGAUGAUUUACACAGUUGUUUGUUAAAAAAAAAAAUCAAUUAAAGAUGACAUGGGAGUAGAACCUAGACUUGUUCCAGGGCAAGCCCACUUCUCUAGGGAGCGCGUUACAAGCACGUGGCAGUCCAGUUGUCAGAGACAGAGACAGUGACUUCCGAGGCGGGGCUUUGAUCUGACGCCAGUGGAUCAACAUCAACGACACCCAUUCCUGAGCCCCCACUGUCUCAAUCUGGAUUUGCAAUCUCCGAGAGAGUUUUCCUUUUCUGGUUGUUUGGCCCUUUGCAUUUUAUGCUUUUGGUGAAAGUUCCGUGUUUAAGCGGCACGCUUUUCCCGGUGGAGAGGUGCUUUCAAGCCGAAGGAGUCGAACUAGUCCCAAUGAAUCUCUUUGAAAGGACUUCCAUUUCCAUGCGCGUCUCUAUCCCACUCUUUCUCUCUCUGUAAAUUUUUAUCUUUAAUCCAUUUCCAUCCCCGUCUCUAUCCCACUCUUUCUCUCUCUGUAAAUUUGUAGCUUAAACGAGAGUCAACGUAAAGGAUCAAAUUUGAUGGCCAAACAUUUGUCGAAAUGUAUUGGGGUUCAAUGGCUGGAUGAUUAAUGAAUGUACUGCGAAGGAUGCUUUGUACUACUUUGCAGUACAUGCAAUGGGUCUCGAAAGCCUUAGUCCUAAAUUUUUUAUUGGGGUUGUUAAGCUGUGGGUGCUUUAAUAUAAGACCCAGCAAUUUUGUGCCAAAUUGCAAUGUCUUGAUUUACUGAUUUUGAGAUACUCUUUUGAAGAUUUUAGGGUAAUCAUGGUUCAGAUGUCGAAUUUAAUGUCCUGGUGAUGUUGCAUUGAAUUGAAUUUAAGUAGCGUUUUGGCUUUUUCUGGUGCUUGUGGAUUGCUCGUGGUCCUUUCGGGCUGUUUGUUACCUUUGCCUCGGUCCAUCGAAAGACUCAAACUAAGGUAUUUGCGAUAUCUUAUUCCUUGUAUUUGGAGCUUUUUCCGAUACGCAUAAGAGAUGAAUUAGAAGAAAGUUCGAGCCUGUACAAGUUUUUCCAAGGUCUGGUCUUUGCUGCAUUCUAGCAAGAAGAAGAGAAAACUGUUCACCCAGACUAGCAAGAACCAAGUUUUAUCAAUCCAAUUGGAAACAUGAACAUGGAGGAGAUGAAGGAGAUUGAGAGAGAUGAAAGAGAAGAUUUUGAAGAGAUGAAUAAUGAGCAAGAGGAGUUGAAAAGAAUUGCACCCUGGAUGAAACAGAUAACAGUUCGAGGAAUCAUUGUUAGCCUUCUUAUUGGUAUCAUAUACAGUGUGAUAGUCACGAAGCUCAACCUCACAACCGGGAUAGUUCCCAACCUCAAUGUCUCGGCUGCUCUUCUUGCCUUUGUGUUUGUUAGGUCAUGGACUAAGCUGUUUCAAAAGGCUGGAUUUGUUUCAACUCCAUUCACUCGACAAGAAAAUACUAUAAUUCAGACCUGUGCGGUCGCUUGUUAUAGUAUUUCUCUUGGAGGUGGUUUUGGGUCUUAUCUGUUGGGUUUAAGUAGGAAGAUAUAUGAGCAAGCAGGCCCUGAUUCAGAAGGCAAUAAUCCUGGGAGCAUCAAGGAACCUGGGAUUGGUUGGAUGAUUGGUUUUCUCUUUGUAACCUGCUUUGUUGGGCUUUUGGCGUUGGUUCCUCUAAGAAAGAUCAUAAUAAUUGACUACAGAUUAGCUUACCCAAGUGGAACUGCUACGGCUGUUCUGAUUAAUGGUUUUCAUACCCCUAGAGGAGACAAAAUAGCCAAGAAGCAGGUUCAUGGAUUUCUGAAGUUCUUUUCGCUUAGUUUCCUCUGGGCUUUCUUCCAAUGGUUCUAUGAAGGCAGAGAUAGAUGUGGAUUUUCUCAAUUUUACUUUGAUUUCAGUACGACUUACGUAGGAGCAGGAAUGAUCUGUUCACAUCUAGUAAACUUAUCUUUGCUACUUGGAGCGGUGCUUUCUUGGGGAGUAAUGUGGCCACUAAUCGGCGGGCUCAAAGGAGAGUGGUUCCCUGCAACUUUACCUGAAAGCAGCAUGAAGAGUCUAAAUGGUUACAAGGUUUUUAUUUCUAUUGCUCUAAUCUUGGGGGAUGGGCUCUACAAUUUUCUUAAGAUACUGUUUUUCAUUGCAAGAAGCUUUCACACCAAAGAGAAAAAUAACAACCUUAAAACAUUUUCUGAUAACCAGAAGAAGCAUCUGGAUGAUCUUCAACGAAAUGAAUUAUUCAUAAGAGAAAGCAUUCCUAUUUGGGUAGCAUGUGCAGGGUACACCAUUUUUUCUGUCAUUUCCAUCAUUGUGAUCCCUUUGAUGUUCCCUGAGCUGAAAUGGUAUUAUGUAGUUGUUGCUUACAUUCUUGCACCCUCUCUAAGCUUCUGCAACGCUUAUGGUGCUGGUCUGACUGACAUGAACAUGGCCUAUAAUUAUGGAAAAGUAGCCCUCUUUGUGCUUGCUGCCUUGUCUGGAAAGGAAAAUGGUGUGGUUGCAGGACUUGUAGGCUGUGGUCUUAUUAAAUCCAUGGCAUCUAUCUCUUCUGAUUUGAUGCAUGAUUUCAAGACUGGUCAUCUAACUCUCACUUCUCCGAGAUCCAUGCUUCUCAGCCAGGCAAUUGGAACGGCCGUUGGCUGUGUUGUAGCUCCUCUUACAUUCUUUCUCUUCUAUAAAGCUUUUGAUGUGGGGAACCCUCAUAGCGAAUACAAAGCCCCAUAUGCCCUAAUUUAUCGAAAUAUGGCAAUUCUAGGUGUUCAAGGCUUCUCUGCCCUUCCCCAGCAUUGUUUGCAGCUCUGCUAUGGGUUUUUUUCCUUUGCCAUAGCAGCCAACUUGUUGAGAGAUUUUACUCCCAAGAAUAUUGGGAAAUAUGUUCCCCUUCCAAUGGCUAUGGCUGUGCCUUUCCUUGUUGGUGCUUAUUUUGCAAUUGAUAUGUGUGUGGGGAGUUUGGUUGUGUUUGUAUGGCACAAACUAAAUGACAAGAAGGCAGGUUUGAUGGUUCCUGCUGUUGCUUCUGGCUUGAUAUGCGGAGAUGGGUUGUGGCUUCUUCCUUCGUCUAUUCUUGCUUUGUUUAAGGUUCAUCCUCCAAUCUGCAUGAACUUCUCAGCGACGACGUCAUUGACACAAUUUAGUCAUCAUGCUGGAUGCUGUCUUCUCGAUGUUUUUCUAGUUGUCUUGUUCAUACUUCAAAAUAUGUGGACUUCUUUUUGCUUAUAUAUACUUAUAUCUUAUAAGAGCUGUAUAAGAAAGAAAGCCAAAUCUUUCGAAAUUCUCAAAGCCUUCGUAAGUCAAUUGGAUUCCUCUCUUCGUUCCAUCCUAAAUUCUCUUUCUCUUUCUCUUUCUCUUUCUCUUAUCCUUUUUAUUUACACGUUUGAAGGCUUUUGGACUUUUGAUUUUACAAAUCUGGGAAUAAUGGCUUCAGAUUCAAAGAUUCACACUUUCGAUGAGGUUGCAAAGCACAACAAAACCAAGGAUUGCUGGCUGAUUAUUUCUGGGAAGGUGUAUGAUGUAACUCCGUUCAUGGAUGAUCAUCCUGGAGGCGAUGAGGUUUUGCUGUCAGCAACCGGGAAGGAUGCCACAAAUGAUUUUGAAGAUGUGGGCCACAGUGAUGAUGCGAGAGAAAUGAUGGGAAAAUACUACAUAGGCGAGAUUGAUUCAAAAACUGUUCCUGCUAAGCGCACCUACAUUCCACCGCAGCAAACGCCUUACAAUCCCGAUAAGACCCCUGAGUUUGUUUUUAAGAUCCUACAAUUUCUCGUACCCCUCUUGAUUCUGGGAUUGGCUAUUGCAUUACGUCACUACACCAAGAAAGAGUAGCUUAUUGCUACACAGGAGUUUAGCAGUUUUGAUGAGUGAAUUGGUGGUUUCAUCAGUUAGUAGAAAAGGACAGUUGUUAUCUUUUGUUUAAUUUCCAUUCAAUGUUUGUGCGUCAAAUUGAAUACUGGUUCAUAUUAUGGUCCAUUGUCGAAGACUAUGCUCAUCGAACAACCCCCCCCCCCCCCCAAUUUAUGCUAGCGGCGAGACAAGACGAUGUUUAAUUUUGUUGGAAUUAAUAAGCAGGAACAUGUUUUUAUUCCUUUGUCUUUAAUUCUUUUUGUUCCCCAUCUGGAAUGGCAAUAUAUUGCCUUUCUCCUCUACCUCUUCAAACUAAUUUUGAAGAUUUAACACACGAGUUCUACCAUUGUAAGGGCUGCCAAAGAGCACUUUAACCCUGUUAUAAGGGUGGAGAUGUAUCACAACGGAUAGCGUGAAUCCUGCUAUAAUGGUCUUAAUAAUGGAUUUUAAGCUUGGCUGCUUCAUCCCCUUCUCCCCCUCCCUUUCAUAUUGGAUAAAAUCAUGAAAAAGUGGAAGCUACAAUCCAAUAUCUUGUCAAAUAACAACGAGAUUUGAAGACAACUUCAACUCGAAUUUCCAGCUUAACUCUCCAGUCUACACUACCAGAACCAAGCCGGACGCUCCACUCCUAGCCUUAGCCUGAUCUAAAUCCAAAUAUACGAUACAAAGGGCAAGACCUUUAUAUAAAAGCACAAUGCCAAGAGCUCGACAGUGUCCGAUCUUUCAAAGCCAGUCCGUGCAAGAUGAUGCUAGAAACGUAAGGUAUACCAAAAAAAGCCAUGAUGGAAUCACAUGAUAAAUUCCCUAAUAUUUCUCCCGCAAUAUUGUACAUUGAUUGGAAUUUUGGACUCUGCCUAUCUGCCGUAACACAAAAGUGGUGCUAUAAUAUGGAGCAGUGGAAUGCAGAUUUAUCUACUGAGGCUUCAUUUGGAUUGCAUUGUUGGAG